AUGCCAGCGGCUGCUAUGGUUGCCGUUCCCCUCGGCAGCAAGGAGUGGGUGAAUGCUCGCCAACAGUGUCGAGUAAUAUCGGUUAUCUGCUUUGCUUGUCCGGGCUUCUUCAAUGCUCUACAGGGUCUCGGUGGAGCCGGGAUGAAGUCAACCGUUGCUGCUGAUGCUGCUAAUGUGGCUCUCUAUCUGUGCUUUGCCGUGGCGGGCUUCUUCGGAGGGUCUCUCUUCAACAUGCUGGGUGUACGGAAGCUUAUAGUGGCGGGCUCCGCGACGUAUUGUCUGUACGCAGCUGCAGCGUACGUCGCCAGGGAGAAAGAUACACUGGAGAGCUACUGCGUUUUCGUCUUGGCGGGGGCAUUGCUUGGGAUCGGCGCGGCCUCUCUGUGGACUGCACAGGGGGCUGUGAUGGUAGCGUAUGCCGCGCCAGAGGAGCGGGGUCGAUUCAUAGGGGAGUUCUGGCUUAUCUUCAACCUGGGGGGUUUCCUCGGCGGCCUACUGCAAUUCAUAAUCAACUACGAUGGAGAAGAGGCUACUGCCUCCAACGGUUGGACCUAUCUUGUUUUCGUCUGUGUUAUGGUCUCUGGUUCGGCCAUUGGAUGGUUCAUGAUUGCUCCCCCAGAUAGAGUCAUGCGCUCUGACGGCGUACCCGUCACAGUGUACCCUGCCAAGCCGGUGGGGAAGGAAUUACGAGACACAGUAACAGUGGUGAAGGAAGGCGCUAUGGUUCUCCUGAUGCCCUUAUUCUUGGGCACGAACUUCUAUUAUCCAUACGUCUUUAAUUGUGUGAACGCCUCGUCGUUCACCGCUCGCUCCCGCGGCUUUAACUCAGCUUCAUAUUGGGUAUCACAGAUGCUCGGCGCGGUGGUCGUUGGCAGGUUUCUAGAUCGAACCGAUUUAUGCGUGCGGGCCAGAGCUAAGCUAGCUCUCUUGGGACUCAUCAUUGGUGGUAUUUGCGUCUACUCCUAUGGAGCGAUCGUGGAGGAGUUUUCGUUGCGCUUCAUCCGUCGUGGUGCAGCACUGGAUGUCAUAUCGAACCCUGGAGGCUCACUGAGUAUCAUAUCACUCUUGGUCGCCUAUGGUUUCCUAGAGUCCAUACUACAAGCAUAUUGCUACUGGUUACUAGGUGUCCUUGCUUCAGGUAAUGCCAAUGUCUCUGCGAAGUAUACGGGCUUCUAUAAGGCUGCUCAGUCACUGGGUGCGGCACUUGGAUGGGCCCUCGAUACUCCAGCAGUGGGUGUGAGCUGUCGCAGUCAAUUUUGGCUCUGUGGCUUGGUGUUUACGAUGGGCCUGUUACCGGUUUCUCACGUAGUCCGCACGGCACUUCGAACCAGUGGAGAACGCUCUGUGGGAGUUGAAUAA